AUGGCUACAACUUUGACUGGAGGAAACCAACACGUCAUCCACCUCCCAAACACCUCGUCUGACGAACCCUGCGACCCGCACACCAUCGCCCAGCAAUGGCUCUCGAGUCUUGAAAGUCAGCUCACUCGCCCUGAUGCCUUGAACAUAGCCGACUUGUUCCAUGCGGAGUCCUGGUGGCGGGAUAUGCUGGCCUUGGAUUGGGACAUGCGCACCGUCCGAACAGCCACUGAGAUCCAGCACUUCUUAAGCACACAGCAAAGGAAGGCGAAGCUUUCUGGAUUCCGUCUCCAAGACCAAGGCAAGUUCCAGCCGCGAUUGGAACAAGUUGUUGAGGGACUCAGUUGGAUCUCUUCUAUAUUCUUUUUUGAUGGCGCCGUCGGUACAGGAACAGGAAUGCUGCGGUUGACUAAAGCAGAUGAUGGGUCGUGGAAGGCUUAUGCUGUUUACACAUCAUUACAAGAGCUUCAUUCUGCCCAAGAACCCUUGGGUAAACGUCGCGUUGAUGGAACAACGGAAUCAAUGCCUGGUGGGAUCGCUUGCGGCACCUGGAUUGAGCGGAGGGAAAGGCAGAAAGAGUUCCUGGAUGAGGAUCCAACUACCUUGGUUGUUGGUGCCGGUAAGAAGAAAACCGUGAUACCAAUCUUCUCUACAAUGAGCGCUAACUGGUUGGAAGGUCAGGCUGGAUUGAAUAUGGGUGCACGGCUGCAAAGCGUUGGUGUGUCGUGCUUGAUUAUAGACAAGAAUGAACGUGUCGGAGACAAUUGGCGCCACCGGUAUCGAACAUUGGUUACCCAUGACCCGGCCGAAUUCACACACAUGGCCUACCUACCCUUCCCACAAAACUGGCCCCAGUUUACGCCGAAAGACAAGCUGGGAGACUGGUUCGAAGCAUACGCCAAUAUCAUGGAACUGAACAUAUGGAUGCGGACCUCAAUCAUUUCGGCAGAGUAUGAUGAAACAGCGGGACAGUGGACAGUUUCCCUUGCUCGCGGUGAUGGUUCACAGCGAAUUGUACGCCCUCGCCACGUUGUGUGGUGUACAGGACACUCGGGCGAGGCUCGGGUGCCAUCUUUCCCAGGACAACAGUCCUUCAAGGGCAAUAUUUAUCAUGGUAGCCAACACCGUGAUGCAUCGGAGAGUGAUGUUCGUGGGAAAAAGGUAGUUGUCGUGGGUACCGGAAACAGUGGCCAUGAUAUUGCCCAGAACUAUCAUGAAAACGGCGCAGACGUUACGAUGCUGCAACGGAGCGGGACAUACGUCUUGACAGCCGAUAAGGGCGUUUUCAUGAUGCACAAGGGAUUGCACGAAGACGGAGGUCCCCCAACAGAAGAAUGCGAUAUCGUCGCCGAAAGUCUUCCUUGGCAAGUCCAAUUGGCUCUCAGUGUACAUAUGACAAAGCGCAUAGCAGAAGCCGAGAAACAGACUCUCGAUGGACUCCGCAAGGCGGGGUUUGAGCUUGACUUUGGACCGGACGGGGCCGGUAUUGCGCGCGCAUACUUCACUCGUGGUGGUGGCUAUUACAUCGAUGUUGGCUGCAGUCAACUCAUUAUCGAUGGCAAGAUCAAAGUCAAGCACAAUCCGGGUGGCAUUAACGGCUUUGGGGAACACGAGCUGCAACUGGCCGACGGGGACUCGCUGCCGGCAGACAUUGUUGUCCUUGCUACUGGGUACGAUAAUAUGCGCACGACCGUGAGGAAGGUCCUGGGUGACAAGAUCGCCGAUCGAUGCUCUGAUGUCUGGGAUUUGGACAAUGAGGGAGAAGUUCAAGCUGUAAGUGUGAGAGCCUGUCUUAUUGUCAAUAGUAGGAUACUGAUUACUUCUCAGAUGUGGCGCCCUAGUGGCCACCCAGGAUUCUGGUACUUUGGUGGAAACCUCGCAUUGUGCCGCAUUUACUCUCGAUUCUUGGCCCUUCAGAUCAAGGCCGUGGAAUCCGGUAUAUCCCCAGGCGUGCGACAAUGA